UUUAGGUACAAGCAAGAAGAUAAAUGAUAAAUAAAGCAAGCAUCAAUUUUUGAAAUAAGAUCUUAUUCCAGAAGGACUAUGGAACCUCUGCAGCCCUGUAGGUCUGGAAGGCUUAAAUCCAAGUUUGAAAAGGCUUUUUCCAUUCCAGAUGAUUUGCUGGGUUAAGCGCUUAAUUAGGAUGGUUUUUGAACAAGUUGGAUUAAACAUGGACUCAGUACUUUGGUCAAGCAAGCCUUACGGUUCGUCUCGAAGUAUUGUAAGAAAAAUUGGUACUAACCUCUCUCUUAUCCAGUGUCCAAGAGUCCAGUUUCAGCUUGCUUCUCAUGCCACAGAAGGAAACCAUCCUAAUCAACUUAGAGAAGAUGCAGUGGCCUCCUUUGCAGAUGUGAGAUGGGUUGCUCAAGAGGAAGGUGAAGUCUCUACAAGGCUCAGAUCGGAAGCUUGGUCAAAAACAGCCCAGCCUCUUUCAGGUGAACCACACCAUUCUGGAAGACAAGUGUACUUACCAAACUCAUUACAAGAAGAACCAGUAUCAAGGAGCACAGUGACUGCAAAUGAAGAAGCUCUGCAGAAGAUCAGUGCUCUAGAAAAUGAACUAGCCACUUUAAGAGCACAAAUAGCCAAAAUUGUAAUCUUUCAAGAGCAGCAGAAUCUGACAGCAGGUGGGUUAACUGCUGUCCCUGUUGUGCCGUCGCUGCCACCACCACCGCCACCUCCUCCACCUCCCCCUCUCCCUCCCACAAGUCUACAACAGGGUAUGUCUGCAAUUGAGCUCAUUAAAGAACGGAAAAACAAAAAAACAAACUGUGGGCAGUCUCUCAUAGAAAAUGGGCCAAAGAAGCCUGAAAUACCAAACAUGCUAGAAAUCCUCAAAGAUAUGAACAGUGUGAAACUACGCUCAGUGAAAAGAUCAUCGGAAGGUACAAAAUCUAAAGUAGCUAACCCUACAGAUCCUGCAGCAUUAAUAGCAGAAGCUCUCAAAAAGAAAUUUGCUUAUAGAUAUCGAAGUGACAGCCAAAGUGAAACUGAAAAAGCAAUUCCAAAGUCUGAAACAAAGACAGAAGUAGUGCUGUUUGGACCACACAUGCUGAAGUCAACAGGAAAAAUGAAGACUUUAAUUGAAAAAUCUUAACGUAUCAAGAUCACUACAUGAAAGACUGUAAACUUGUUUUGACUGAGUGUUGCAAAUAGCACUAAUACUGAGUGGUCUCCUACAAUGCAGGAAAAAAAUAACAUAAAAUGUAGAAUUGAGGCACUAAACAUGUUAAGUUUGAGAUGCAUGUUUGUAUGCGACUUAAAAGGGAUAGAUUUGACUGUUAAACUCAGGUGUUAAUUUUGUAUUCAAACCUGGCUUUCUGCUCAGACUUGUGCUUUUAGUUCAUUAACACUAAGUUACCUAUAUGACAUUCUUGCGCAUAACUGACUGCCUUAAUAUAAUUUGUAUACAUGGUAAUAAUGAAAGUGAUACAUCCUUAAGUUAACAUGAGUCAUUUGAGCUUUCACUAUAACUUGCACUAUGAUAUUUAGUUUCAUACUAAAUUUUUCAUGUCAAAGUCAUUCUUUUAAACAUAGCUUUAGCAAUUUUUUGGCCCAAAGAAAAAUUGAAUAUAUUCUGCUUCAUACAGAAACAAAGCAAAAAUUUAAAUCUUCCUCAGAGGUCACCUGGUACAUGACAUUGUAAGUAGCAUUUUUUUUUUUUUUUUUAAUGAGCUUGCAAGGAAGAAGGGAGUAAGAUCUACUUGUAUCAUCUGGUGUCCAACAAACAAUGCACAAAAGGUGAGUAAAUCAUGCUUGUGGGAGCCUCUGCGAAAAGGCAGUCCAAUGAAUUUGAAAAAUCAGUAGAUAGCAACAUAGAGUAAAAUAAUUCAUGUCAGAGUAUGUGUUAACAAGUGUAGAAGUGGUGUAGAUGAUGAAAAAACUACUGGAGGGUGCAAGCUGCUAAAAAUAUGUUGCUGCAGCUAAGAGAGAUUUGUGGACACCUUUUUAACCCCAGAUGUCUGGGGAACUGCACGAACCCUUGUGGUACUAUUUGCAGGGAAGAGAUGCUAUAAGCUGUUGCACAUAAUCUGUUUUUCAGGGGAAGUCCCCAUGGGCAUUUCCCACGGCAGCUAUUUGCUGCCAGAGCUGUACAGAGCUAGUUGAUUAAUCAACUAGCUGAGUCCCAGCCUCUAUCCACAGCUGUAGAGGAGGCUCAAACAAAAAUAAAAUUCAGGCCGAAAAACACUGCUAAGAAACCUAGAAAGCUAUAACUUAGCGGCAUAGUUAAAUGAAGUUUUCUCUGACUGUAGGUGAACUUAAAAAAGCUGAGUCUGGCUAUUUAACGUUCCAAGUUUAUCUGACUACUGGAACAAGUACAAGUGCCUCUUAGAGCUCCUGUUAUCUAGACAACAGAAGAAUGUAGCACUUUUUAAAUAGAAACACCUGAAAAGUUCCAUUUAGAUUACUGAAGAGGACUAAAGCUUUGCUGCUUAUAACUGGAACGUAGAUUGCACGAUCAAGGAGGAUGUUUUUUGGUGUAAAACUUGAAAUGGUGUUGAUAUGUACACAAAAAGCCUUCCUUGCAAAAUGUUCUACCCUCAGUUUUACUGGUUGACCAUUAAGUCUUCAGCAUGUUAUUUUAAAUGCCUUUAAAACACCUUUUUGAAAGUUGCUUUUGGUUUCAAGUUUUGUAUUUAAUGCUCUAUUGCCACUAUAUAAAAUUAAAAGCAGUUUAAAUA